UGUCUGUCCCAUAGCUUAGGGAAGGGUGCCGGGUCCUUGCCUAUUGAUUAUGAGACAUCUAGUUUAAAAAAAAUUUUGAGAAGUUGUGACAGUUGGGUACCUUUGCCAUCAGUGCUCUGGGAAGCAUCUAGCAAUAACAGAUCAGCGGCUCAAGACAUUUGAAGACUCUGGCAUCUAGAGACUGCUCCAAGCUCUGGCUGGAAAUUAGAAGCAUUGGGACUGCACAGAUGAAGGUUCCAGAGAGAUUAGGAGUUUCAUUUUGCUGCUCUGAUUCACGCUUUCUUCACUUCACUUGGGGACAGCACUGGAGACAGGAAUCUGAACUGACUGCCUGGUGCUUAAAAAGGUGAAUAAUGACUCGGAGAAGACCUUCCUCGUAUCUUUUGAUCUUUGGGCUUCAGACACCCCUUCACCCAUAAUUAACUUGUGUGUUGACUGAUUACUUGAGCGAUCAAGGGAGACUCAGUAUGUCAGUGGAAACCAGGAAACUAUUACUCUAUGGUGAAACAGCAAUCAAGCCAACUCGUCUAUGAUACAAAUCAGAUACCUGUGAGAACAAGCCACGUAAUGGUACAAAAGCAAAUAAAAUCCCAAAGAGAAAGGAUUGAUGUUUUAUUUAUGUCUAAAAUGAAGAAGCCAGCUCAAACUUGCCAGGAGAGGGGAUGGCUGGAGCAAACACUUCAUUCAUUGAGGCACGAGAUGAGUGCAGCGAUGUCACAGGGUGAACGGUCCACUGGGAAGACCCUAGCGGGCACGAUGGAGUCACGGGACGUGACCCCUGCAGAAGGGCUCUCUCCAGCUCCUCGUGAAGAAACGGGAGUCCGCCAGUGCCACAAGCCCCAGCGUGGUGCGCCAGCGCCCACCAGUGCCACGGGCACGGUCACGUUCACGGAAGAGACGCAUCCGUGUCAAAUCCGUGGAAAGUACUGCGGGCACACGGGAGCAGAGAGUGCGAGGACCUCCCUGUCACCAGCUCGGACUAGCGAGCCUGAGAGCAAUCCAGGCGUAGCGGAGUCCACUGUUAAGAGGAGGAGGGCAGUCUCUGAGACGCUCUCAGAAACCGGAGAAAACAGCAAUGCCAAAGUUUCAGGGGGUGGUCGCAGACCUCUGAGAGGACUUCGAGAAGCGCGCCCUCCGAAGCCUGGCAAGACGCUGCAGCUCUUUGAGGAGAAUGUCUCCUUAAAGGAUAAAGAGGCUCUUUCUCAAGCUGCAGCGUCUGAAGCAGAGAAGAGGAGCUGCUUUGCCAAUAAUUACGUUCUUGCUACCAAUGGAAACCACCUGGCCUUAUUUAAUCCCUCUAGAUUUCCGAGGAGACCAAGGCCUGCACUGCGCCUGGCGGCCUGGGCAGCAGUCAGGAGGCACUCUGAGGACAGGCAGACCGCCUCCUCGAGGAUGAGCGAUGCUCGUUGCCAGCAGGAGCAGAAAACUGCACAGUUUCUCAGAUACACAGAAUCUGUCCACUGGAGAAGUGAUGAAAAGUGCCCAAAAGUUGAAGGCGGUAUGAACCAGCCAUUUAUAGCGGCAGAGAAGAUGGAAGCGCUAAGACAGCCAAAAUCUACAAUGUCUUCAGUGGCUUCCAGAAUGAAAGCAAUUAAUGCAAUCCUCAAGAAUCAACAGCUUCCUAUAAGAUGCCCACGCCAUCUUGAAGCUGGUGGACCAAAUCCGGAGUGCAAAAGAAAGGAAUCCUCUGUGAUCCAGGUGUUUCCGAAUCUUAAGGAGCCACAGAGGAGGGAGCCAUUACGCCAGCCGAUAAAGAAAAUCAAUUCUGCAGCUUCCAGACUGAAGGCCAUCAAUGAAAUGCACAAGAGCCAAAGUAAUCUUCUAGGAUGGCCAAACCAGCAAGAAGCUGCUUUAGUGGCUUACGAUAUGCAGUGGCGUGAAACCCCAGAAUGCGAUGGAAAGAACAAAGACUGA